UUUUUCGUGGAUGGAGAUAUGGAGAUUAUAGAAUAGAGGCACUAUGAGUCCUACCUGGUCAUCAUUUCCAAAAAGAGAAGUAGAGUAUCAUUGACUGCUCCAUGUUAUGUUGACGUGGCACAUUUAAAUGGACCCAUGUAUAAAACAGACCACAUUGCUUAGUUGGACGGUAAAACAGUAGACCUUCCACAAUAUAUCUAUCCACAUUUAAUCACUGAGACAUAGAGGACAUUUGGAGCUGAACACAGUUGAGCUCUACAUAGAUGCAGAGUUAGGUUUCCCGAGCCAGAAUGGGAUCUCUUGAAAAUGACAUAAAUCAAGAUUUUCAGGAUGCCAUAGAUGUAAUUCAGCAUCACUCACAGAUGCAAUAUUGUGACACAGAAAACAAAUACUAUGAGAAUUUGGAAAGUCAGCAGUCCUCUGUGAGACACGCUAUCUCAUACUAUCAGUUCACACCUCAUUUUGAGCCUCCAGGACCGAUGUAUGACUGGAACGAAUCCUCAGUAGGUUUACAACCCAUUUUUAUUUGUCACUUGAAUUGUUCCAACUGUUAGAUCGUAAUACUUUUACUCAUGUUUUGGGACAAGCUAACCUUCUCUCUGUAUCUGCAGUCAUGGUCUCCCAUUGUGCCAGAUGUGUCUCUGGGGCCACUGUGCUCCGCUGAGCCUUCAGUGUUUUAUUCAAAUUUAACACAGCGCCAUGGAAAAGGUCGUAAGAAGUUACGCUUGUAUGAAUAUCUGCAUGAGGCCCUUCACGACGACAACAUGGGCGACUCCAUCCAGUGGAUGGACCGAGGGAGCGGCAUCUUCCACUUCAUCUCCAAAAAUAAAGAGAAACUGGCUGAAUGCUGGGGUCAGCGCAAGGGCAACCGCAAGACCAUGACCUACCAGAAAAUGGCACGCGCUCUCCGCAACUACAGCCGUACGGGUGAGAUCGUGAAAGUGCGUCGCAAGCUCACCUAUCAGUUUAACCCAGCUAUACUGCAGCGACUGAGCUCACUGUCAGGCUACAGCUCAGGCCCUUCUUCCAGAGACAUGGCCCUUCAAAUGCAAGGCUCUGCGGAGCACGUCUACUACAGCUCUCCUCUACAGGACUGUCAUUACUGGUGCGGCCAAUACUCUCACCAGUGCGAGUACGAUCUUGCUACUGUACUGACAAUGCAUGAGGACCCCAAAAUAGGCGUUUCAGCUCAGUGAACUGGCAAAAGAGCCAAUCCCUGUCUUUCCAUUAUAAAUUAUAAAUGUUCGGUCUUUCACAAGGGAGAUUCUUUGAAAUAAACCUUAACAUAGUAAAAAUGUAAAAAUGCAUUAGAAACAAGUGCAUGCAUGUAAACAGGAUGCUAUACUGCUCAAAUGUUUGAAAUCACUAAGAUUAUUAUUAUUAUUUGUAGGAAAUUUAUACUUAUUAGCAAGGAUGCAUUUAAA